UUUCUGUUGCUAUUUGAAUACAUUGAUUGUGUGAAAUCUAAAGGCGCAUUUACAUCACUCCAAAAUAUUCCCGUCAAGUUCAAGAAACGACAAAUGUCAACUUUUUCAACAUUCAACUAAAAAUCCCACGAAAUACUCCUCAUCCAUUCGACAUUCAACCUAAGAGAUUCACAUUGUUGGAACGAUUUUUAACAUAUCAGAAAUCUCAUUAACUCCCCAAAAAUGUCAACAUUUUUAUCGUAAACUAACAAAUCGCACAAUGUCCAUCCCAUCCGUUCCCAAUGAUAGAUUGUUGCCAUUUGAAAAUGUCAACAUUCACCGAAUUCAUGAUGUGAACUGAGCAAACCGUUUUGGUGCGGUCUCUUUAAAUGCAAAUAGAGGUACUUUACAUCCCGCCCCCUCCAAGCUGCAAGAUGUGCACCUCCCUUUCCGGUCGGACAUAUUUGUAGUUUUUUUUUCUGGGGUUUUUUCUUUUUCUCGUAAACGUGUCAAAAUGACCCGAACUAUCCAGAGGGGGUCUUUUCCCUUUGGUUUGUCCUAUGAGAUGUCUCAACAGCAAGUCACUUAUUGAUUAGACAGCAAAGAAAAUGUAGAUUUAAAUAAUGUGACCAAUCUUGGCAAUGGUGACGGCAAUGAUGCAAUUAGACUUCUUUUGUGCGUGCAUGUAAAUUGACAAUCAUAUCUCGCCUCGUCCAUUGGCUAUAGGGCCAGCCCUGAGUAUGCUGUAAUUUGAGAAAUCCUGACUUGAUAACUCCACUGUUUUCAAGCUUUUUUAAAAAAAAUAUUAUCUCUGGCGUACAUCUGGAAACUUUAAUAAGCCCUUGCUAUUUGUGCAGUAUUUCCAUAACGUGUUUGCCCUUUCAAUGUAGUGCUAUGUACUGUGUUUUGUGGAAUACAUUGUACUAAAUUUGACAUCAUCUGGAAGGCUAAAUGAUUCACAGAAUUAGCUGGAAAAUAAAUCAAGUCUCAAUAAUAUGUAUAUCCGUUUUAUUUGUGUUACAAUUAUUUUGUCUUUCCAAUUUCGCGGACCACCUGCAAUACUGCCACGGACCACUGGAGGGCUUGGAGCGCCUGAUCUAAAUGUAAACUAGGAAGCGCUCGCUCGGUGUGCCGUGCCUUGGCGUCUGUCGUGAGCGCUGGGAGAGCAGCAGUAGCAGGCCAGGCAGCAGCUUCCCCAUCUUCCCUCCCAUCGUCCCUCCCGCAACACAUCAAUGUGGUGAUUACCUGUGUGCCCAAUGGACGUCGGACGACAUUAAACAUCCAUCUCAAGACUGUCGAGCCCGUGCAUGGAUUUAAUGAUGACGAAAAAGAAGAAAUUCAAAUUUAAGGUGGAUUUUGAGCUGGACGAGCUUUCGUCGGUUCCAUUUGUCAAUGGAGUCCUUUUCUGUAAAGUCAGACUCCUGGACGGCGGAUUUUCCGAGGAGUCUUCGAGGGAAGCGGUCCAAGCCAAUAGUGUACGGUGGAGGAAGAGGUUCUCUUUUCCCUGUAAAAUGAAUGCCAGUGCUGGGACCGGUGUACUGGACCCCUGCGUGUGCCGCGUAUCAGUCAGAAAGGAGCUGAAGGGGGGGAAAGCGUAUGCAAAGCUGGGUUUUGCAGAUCUGAAUUUAUCCGAGUUUGCCGGCUCGGGAAGCACGACCCGCAGAUGUCUGCUGGAGGGUUACGAUACGAGAAAUACUCGGCAAGAUAACUCCAUUCUUAAGGUUAUCAUCAGUACCCAGCUUAUGUCAGGAGAUCCCUGUUUCAAAACCCCACCUUCCACAGCCACCGUAUUUGGCAUCCAAGGUGACGGAGACAGCCUGCUGGAGGAGAGAAGGGGAGGCGACUCGCAAAAGAACUCUUGCGCAUAUACAGAGAGUCGAGACGUCAAGUGUUCUGUCGACGAUCUCGGCGCCUCUGGCCACUCGCGAACUUCCAGCUACGCCAGCCAACAGUCCAAACUCUCAGGCUACAGUACAGGCCAUUCCCGCUCAUCCAGCAUGUCCGACUACGGUCACCGUCGGAACCAUUCGGUGGGAAGCGCCUCGACGGGCAUCGGCAGCAUCCCGGAACCAAGUGAGGACAGAGAGUCCAGAACGUGUCCCGCUCUGCCUGAACAUCCGCCGUCCGCCACCGACUCCAGCGUGACUUCUCCGGUCCGAAGCGCCUCGUCCUGCGAGCGGCUGAACAGGCAUCCGGUCAAGCAAGACUCCAUGGAGUCUCAGCUAAAGAGAAUGGACGAUACUCGAGUGGAUGCUGACGACGUGGUGGAAAAAAUCCUCCAAAGCCAAGACUUCACACCUGACCAUCUCGACUCUAGUACGGAAGAGGAGGGCUUACGGCUCUUUGUUGGGCCUGGAGGAAGUACAGCUCUCGGAAGCCAUCACCUUCCUACCAGAUUCGAUUUGGUGUACUUUCUUCUCAUGAGCCCGCUGAAGAAGCAGUACACAACCCGAAUGGCUGUUUUUUAUUUCAGUGUCGGGCAUCGUUUUAAUGUCGUGUUAAAAAUGCCAAGAGAACAUUGUGUUUGAUGUACGUAGUUUCCAAAACAUGUGGUCAACUCCCUCAUUUGACGUAGUUAGUAUCUGUCGAUGGUGUGCCUGGCAAAGGUGCAAGGGUGGCUAAUUAACAUGUUGUUGCAAACAUGGUUGGUUGCUUGCUUCCUCUCUUCUGUGAAGUUGUCGUCUCUAUUCAAAUGUGACUUGGAUGUUUAUGUGGUGAUGUAGUGCGCUGUUAAAACUCCAGUGGUUACGCUUUCCUUUCAGAGAUGUGUUGUUUCCUUCGAGCGACACUCUGUUCCAACAUCGCAUCCCAUUCAAGAAAGAAGGUGCAAAUGUCAACGUCAUCUCGUUCUAGCGAGGACAAAAUAGGAAUGACAUGGCUUUCACUUUUUUCAGGGAACGGGAUGCCAUUGCUAGUUGUUUUUAAUGUUCAUACAUACUGCCGAAGAGAAUGAAGUUCUUUUCAAAUGACGCGUACCUUACACUGUUGAAUAAAAGCUCCAAAAAAAAAAAAAAAAACCCCUUUGCGGUGUACAGCUUUAUUUAUUCUUCUUACGUCCUU